AUGGUUCUGUCCUGCUGCCCAGUCUCUGGUCCAGGACUCAGUGUGCUUCGGGCACGUUACAACUUAUUAGCAAAUCGAAUUCGGGAGAGUCGGCUUCUCCGAAACACAAGUAUCGUACGAAACCAACGUCACGUUUGCUUGAUCGGCGGACGUCAUCUUGGUGCCGUUCACCGUGCUGAUCGUCAGGGAAAAUGGUCGGGUUGUGAUAUUGUGGUUUACGGCAAAGUGUUUGGUGAUCAACGUGGUAUCGGAACCGUUGUCGAUGGACGUCAUCGCCUGCAAUACCCUCCUGGGUGUUAA